CGUCCGAUUUAAAUUAUAAAACGUUUGGAGUACUAAACAAUCGAAGAAAUAAACGAUCGUCGCCCGAUUUUAUCGCGAAACAAUCUUCUCCUUCGAUUCAUUCUUAGAGACCGGAGACGAAAAUGGCCGACCGAGAACUUAUAGACCUUUCCGAAGUGACGUGUCCCAUCUGUCUGGACGUUUACGUCCAUCCGGUAUCCACCAGUUGCGGACACGAGUUCUGCAAAUCUUGCAUGAAUAGAGCCGCGGAACAGAGGAAUCGUCGGUGUCCACUUUGUAGAUCUCCGAUAUUCGGCAUUAAACGGCGAGGAGAUAAAAUAGAGAAAAUCGAGAGUAUCGCGUCGACCCAUUACGCCGUCUGUGACUACUGCGGAGAAGUGAUCCUUUUAUCGCGAUUACGUCAUCACGCAGAGAAAUGCCAAAGGACUAUCAAUAACGGAAAAAAGAAAAGAUCAACUCUUAAGAAAAUCGUUAAAUGCGGGCGAUGCGAGAAGAACGUUUCCGGUAAAGGACUAUUAAAGCGCCUGAGAAAGGAGAAGAGGGGCGCAAAAUCGUUUAUUUGUUUGGAAUGCUGGACCAAGAAUCUUUCCGGAAUUUGAAGAUAAUUUAAUAAAAUUAACACAAAAUUUGAAUGAACAAUUUCGAGUAUAAGAAACAUUUCGUUGCCGUAAAAUUUGAAUAUCGAAUACGUCAAUAAAAUUUGAUUACUUUUCUUUACGGACGAUUUGGUUUAUUUACAACAAAAGAAACUCAUAUUAAGAUUCGUAAUAACUUUUUUGUUUUAAGAAUUUCGCGGAAACACGAAAUAAUUUGUCAAUUCGGACGAAAGCGCAAUUGCCAGCUGAUUGAUCGGUUUAUUUCUUUGGUAAAAGAAAGGGACCCGCCGGUUUAGAAGUUCCAAAAAUUGGUUUUCUUUUCUUAUAAUCUUAUUGUAUUUUAUUGUAAAUUAGGUUAAUAACUGGAUGUAUGGAAUAAGGCGAAGCAACGCGCGCGCGCGUAGAUACGAGAUCCCGAGGCUCGGGAACAUUUUAAAAGUUAAAAGGAAUUAUCAAUUUUGACACGAAAUUUAGUAGAAAAUCGGAUCGAUUUUAUGAACGGGAAAGGCAGAAUC